AUGCCCCAAACUCUCUACCCUCGCGGCACAGUCAAGAAGAUCGUAAAAGCGCACGCGAACCGCCCGCUCUCCAAGAACGCCGAUAUUCUGAUAUUCUUGAAAUAUGCGCUGUUCAUGCAGGAGGUUAUCAAGGAAGCGGGUAUUGCGUCGAAACGAUCAGGCGAGCGUGGUGUGAGUGCGAGGAGUGUGAGAAAAGUGAGGGAGGGGUGUUUAAGGAAGUUCAAGGGCUGA